CCUGGAUCGUCUUUAGAGGAUGAGAUUCACUAGCUAGCCAGACAUGUUGCUGCAUUGUGUCCAUGGGAUGACGUGGGACCCCUGCGGAGGGUUAGAAGUGGGCAGACAGCUACUAAACUACAGCCAGUCUGAUUGAACUGUAAACCUGUUUGUUGGAGUUUGCUGAAACAUCCCUGCAAAGCUUUGCACUGGGAGAGGCUUUUACAAAGUUGUUAUAUUCACAGCAACAGUUACUAAGGUGUUGAUUUUUGUUUGUUAAUCUUGACAAAGUUAGUGUUCUCCCGGCAGGAGCAAACAAACAGCUUCCUUUUAACAAAAGACUCCUGACUAGCUGGGGAGACCUACUGAGUAUGUAAAGCAGCACUUUUCUCUGAAUAAUGGAGUAUUUUGGUGGAUUUAACCAUGACUGAGAAAUUAAUGAGACUAUCAGAGUCUAAAAAAGAUUUUCUCAAUGAGAUUAAGCAAAUGUAGAUGAAGAUUUCCUAUGACUGUGAGCCAGAAGGAACAUUCUUCUUUGAAAAUGAGCACCAUUGCUGUAACACAUUUGCCAGCAAUCCAGUCCACCAAUCUUUUUAUAAAUCCUUACGCUAUUGAGGUGUUAAAGAACAAAAAAGAGGAACUUGUUGAAGGUAUUAAGAAUCCAGAUCUUCUCCUGAACUGGUUAGUGGACAAUGGGAUAUUCCCAAUGGAUAAAAAAGUGGCCAUGUCUUAUUACCGAACCAGGACAGAGAAAAACUCACGGAUGCUUGAUAUUCUGGUGUCUAAAGGUGAGCGGGCCUGCCGACUCUUUUUCUAUCCUUGUCUUAAGUUGAUUGAGCCAGAAAUAUAUAACAGUGUUAAGCAAUAUGUCAGCAACGUGAAUGAUUAUGUUGGGGAUGGCAAAAGGCAACUCGUGGGAUAUUUGCUUGAAAGGGACAAAGAAGACCUUAAAAGGCCUGUUAUCGAAAAGGUGGUGAAACCAGCUUACAAGGAGACUCUGCCCAAAAUAAAAAAGGUUCCAGAGAAAGUAUCAGAGGUUCCACGUCCUAAAGAAAAGCCAAGAAGUUUGCCCCAGUCUCCCAAAGAACCCACCACAAAAAUGGGUUCUCUUAGUAUGUUUGAUGCUGCUAUAAAGGGGAAUCUCUCACUUUUAGAGGAAAUAUUAAAGGGUUCAAAUGUCAAUGCUGUGAAUUCUUCAAACGAGACCCUUCUCCAUGUCGCUGCAGCCAAUGGACAUAUCCCAGUGAUAGAAUUUUUAAUCAGCAAAGGGGCUAAAGUAGAAGCCAGAGACAAUAAUAAUAGGACACCAUUGCACAGAGCGGCAGAGAACGGACAUGUAGAGGCUGUCAAGGUAUUGCUUAAGGCUGGUGCUAAUAUUUACAACUUGGAUGACGGCAAACAAACCCCUGUUCACUUGGCUGCACAAAACAACCACCAAAAAGUAUUGCAAGUCUUUCUGGAGGAAGAAGCUAAGCGUUAUAAAAAUAGGCGCAACUUUUUACACAUGGCCGCAAUCAAAGACGAUAGCAAACUGGUGAUGAUGCUUUUAAAAAAUGGUGCCCAGGUUGAUGCCAUAGAUGAGAAAAACCAGACUGCUUUGUUUCACGCUGUUUCCAGUCAGCAUGAAGCCACGGUUAAAGUAUUAUUAGAACAUGGAGCUUUGAUAGAUUCCAACAUUAUUGAUAUUGCCUUUAAGACCAACAAUGAAAAGAUUUUUGGGUUAUUACUAGAAUAUUCUAAAGGAUUGUCUCCCGACACCAUGAUAUCGGCAAUGUUCAAAGCCGUCAAGCUGAAUCUGUAUGGUAUAAUCAAUGCUUUAAUUGAUAAGGGAACAGAUGUCAAUGCCACAAAUGACCUGAACUACACACCAUUGUUGCUCGCUGCAGAACUAGGAAAAUCGGAAGCAGCCCAGGCUGUCAUUGAAAAAGGAGCGGAUCUUGAUGUUAGAACACCGAAUCUGAACACAGCCUUACAUCUGGCGGUUCAAGGAGGAGAUGUUUCAAUCACGAAACUGCUCAUACGUAAAGGAAUAAAUAUUAAUAUCACAGGCCCUGGAGACCAGACUCCAAUUCAUGUCGCUGCUUUUCAUAACAGGCAAGAACUGAUUGAUAUUUUAAUUGAGGCUGGAGCUGAUGUGAAUGUCGUAACGAAGGAAUUAGUGACUCCUUUGCAUAUUGCAAGCCAGAGGGGAAACCUUGAUCUUGCACAACGUCUUAUACACCACAAAGCUAAAGUUAAUGUUAAAGAUAAGCAUUCAAGGACACCCUUACAUAUUGCCACUGAAGGAGGGGGGGCAGCUAUGGUGCAAUUGCUUCUAAACAACAAGGCAGACCCUAACGCUGCCGAUAAAGAUAAAAAGACCCCUCUUCACUUUGCAGCAAUCCUUGGAGAGGCUGAGAUGGUGGAAGCUAUGUUGAAAAACCAUGGCAGGUUUGCAGCUAAAGAUAUGGAUGGUUGCACACCCCUUCACUAUGCUGCGGUUGCAGGCAGUACGGACAUGGUGAGGGCUCUCCUGAAAGCUGGAAAAAGCAAAAAUGUGGAUGAUAAAAAUGUGUGGCGGAAAACUCCUUUGCAUCAGGCGGCUGAGCACGGCCACAGUGAUGUCAUCAAUAUGCUUCUAAGUAACGGCGCAGCCAUAAACCCUCUAGACAGCAACAGAGACACGCCGUUGCACUGCGCCUGCAAGGCUGGACACUUCACCUCGGUGCAAACUCUGGUGGGCUGGACGCAAGGAGAAAAAGCCAAUUUGCAAGCUACCAACAGCCUCAAGAAAACACCUCUCCAAGUAGCAGAGUCUGAAAAUACUGAUGGUCACCAGAACAUCACAACUUUUCUGAAAAAGAAAAUGCACUUAAUCAAAUAGAACCCUUGAUUUCAAGUGUAGAGGAAAUUAGUAUGAUCACUGCUAAAACAAUUCAGACAUGAUUUUCUUUCUGGUAGCUGAUGGUUAGCGUACACGAUGUUCAACAUAUAUUUUUGGGAUAUAUUCUGGAUCUCCGAGAUAUUGGGUGACGUAUGAAAAGUGCUGCCAUGAAAUAUGCAGAAUGGAAAUGUUGCAGGAGGGAAAUUAAUUAGUUUGUCAAGGAAGGAUCCCAAUGAAACUUACUUGAUUAUUUCAUUAAUUUCCUCCUUCCACCAUACAAAUUCUUUACUUUUUAUAUACCACCCAAUAGCGCAGACAUGAAAUAUGUCCCAGAAACAUGGUGGGUCUUUAAGACCAUGCACUAAAGAUGAAGCUGGAAGUAAGAUAUGUGCCCUGUCUCUACUGCAUGUCCCUCAUCUCCCCAAGGGUUAUUCAUUAAACUGUGAAUUGUUGAGAAUUUCAGAUUAUAGGCUACAAAAAGAAACUGGAAACCCUGUCCAAUUUAGAAAUGUUUCCAUUCUGCUAUUUUGUCCAAAAAAUGUUUAAGUUCACUUUGAAUUUGCUAACAUUCCAAACUGAAUAACCCUGGCAGAAUUAUAAUUGGUUUGGCUAUAUUCUGCAGAAUCACUUCAUAAUUAGUGUUCCGGCAGAUUAAGCAGCACAUUGCUCAGAAUAUUCAAUAUAUAAAGGCUCUAGUGUGGCCAAAUUACUGACUGGUGGGAGUUGUACUGUAGUGGCAACAGAGAUUGACAGGUGUUUUAUUUGUGGGUUAUAAAUUGUUCAGUGAUUAGUUUUAGCCAGUUGUAAUAUUAUUGUCAAAUAAAAUCAUCUCAAUUAAAGGUUUCUGGGAUUUGUA